CCACCUCUCUCCCUCCAUUGCUUCUCUGUAAUACUUUGACAAGUAGUGCCGCCAGCCAUUAAACCCUCUCCAAAACCCCCCUGUUUUCCAGCACCAAGAAGAAAAAAAAUGUCAACCACAAGGCUGCUUCAAGCCUCCUCCAAAGCUGGACCACUCCACCAUCUCUCUGCUCCUUCCACCUCUUAUUCCUUUUCAGUUCGGUUUAGUGGUAAUGGAGAUACAAAGGAUCGAAUUCCGAUUAGUAACUUCGAUUGUUCGCAGAGAAGGUUAGAUUCCACGGUGGCAGCGAGGGCCAUUGGGGCAUCAUCCUCAGCUGAUCAGACUUGGCAGACUAGUACUAGUAGUGCACAGAUCACGGCCAUUCCAUGGACCGAGAUAGAUCUGGCUUCCUUGGUUAACAAGUUAAAGAUGGUGGGAUUAAGCAAUCCUACUCCCGCUGCCACCGCCGAUGUGAAUAGGAAACAGGGGAAGUUUCAUAUCCAGAUGGCCAUCGAGAGAGCGAUAUUCAACUGCCGGUUCUUCACUCUCUUGGCUGUCGCCGGCUCCCUGCUUGGCUCUGUACUAUGCUUCAUGGAGGGUUGCUUUCUUGUGGCGGAGUCCUAUUCUCACUACUUCCAUACUCUGUCUACAAACUUGGAUCAAGGGCAUAUGAUGAAGCUCCUCAUAGAAGCCAUAGACAUGUUCUUGGUGGGAACCGCCAUGCUUGUAUUUGGUGUCGGCUUACAUGCCAUGUUUGUGGGCUCCAAGGAUUCUCAACACGACAAGCAGACUUGGCUACCUCCAACUUAUUUGGAAUCUUCCACUUGAAGGUAUAUGCCUUGCACUUCAACAAUAAGAUCCAUUCUUCCUCUACACACACUCAUUCUGAGUAGUUAACUAAUGAGUUGAGAAUCUGUGCCUCCUCUUCCUUUUGCACACUGCAGUACCUUCCAGCAUGGGUGGAAACUCGCUCUGUUUCACAAGCCAAGUCGAAAAUCGGCCAUGCAGUCAUGAUGAUACUUCAAGUCGGCCUGCUCGAGAAGUUCAAGAACGUACCUUUAGUUACCAGCUUUGAUCUCGCCUGCUUCGCAGCAGCUGUUCUGGUUUCUUCAGCUUCCACAUUCCUCCUGUCAAAACUCUACACUGGUGCUGAAGAUUGAUAACUACCUCGAUCAAGGGCGUCCUCACCAGUUUUAGAAUAUCAAGCUACGGAAACCAUGCAAAAGAACCCCCAUGUAGCCAUAAAGUUUGUUCAUUUUUUCCAUUUAGGCUAAAAAAAGAACACAUGAAAAAGCAUGUAGCUUCACCUGUAUAUAACCAUAAAUAGUUCAUAAUUUAAGCCCUAAUGGUAACCUGAUAACAAUCAAUUAAAGAAGAUGAUGAGGAAAAAGCAUACUAAACCUCAUUAUAUGUU